AUGCCACGCAGAACAGCUAUUGUUAGUCCCAAGUUGAGCGCCAAGAAACGGAAGACCUGGGAUGUAGACCAUAUGAAAAGGGCUGUUCAAGCGGUAAGAGAAAAAACUAUGGGUACUCUAAAGGCAGCUAAAACUUAUGGCGUUCCAAGAACUACAGUGCAGCGAUUGGCCAAAAUGGACCAUCUUAGCGUGGAGGAGGCUGUUCAGAUCAAAUUAGGGCGAGGUACAGUUUUGACUCCAGAAUUGGAAGAAUCAUUAAUUAGUUCGCUAUAUUCUUGA